UUCCCUUGCUCUGUGGUACGGAAUUUCUCUCUUCAACUCCAAGGACAUGGCUUCGACACCUGAAUUUGAUCUCAACAUGGAAAGGUCGCCACAGUGGGAAGACGUCAGGAAGGAAAUGCACGAAGCCAUUGCGGCGAAAGACGAGGCUCGUGUUCUAAAGUGCCUGGAUGCUGCACCUGCAUUGAAACUGUGGUUGGAUCCUGUCACAAAAAAGUCAGCUCGUUACAAAGCAGUCAAAGAGGCAGCCUUCAAUAUUCAUGGCCUUUUAGUCUCGCGGGAAUGUGGACUCAAGAACACCGAAGAAUCUUCAUGUUACUGGUACCUCUCACCCCUUAUACAAGCUGAAAUUCGUCGUCAACGAUAUUACACCACAGAAUGCGAGGACUCUUACAUCGACUAUUUGAAAAGCAAAUCACUGAGCGUCACCAGAUGUGAUGACUUCGGUGUACGAUUGGAGAAGAUGUUUAAGCAGCUCUCCAAUGAUGAAGUAAACAGUAUUAUUCUCAAAGUGGCUGCAAGAGCGCCACACCUGGAAAUUAGGUUCGACUACAACAGUGAAAAUGUUGAAGGGAUCACGGGAAGCUGCAGUCGAGGCGUCGCCGGCCUUACUUUCUACAAAGAACAAAGAGUUUUCAUCGGAGGCCGAGGUGAAGAAACCGAAGUCUGGGGAACACUUAUUCACGAGUUAUGUCAUAUGGCACUUUACCUCGUGUACAGGAAUGAUGGCAAGCCAUAUUACAGGGACGAUAAGGAGCGGGAGAAGCAAUACAGUGACAUCAUGAAUGACAUAAAAUCGAGGCAAGAAGAUAUGAACCUUCUCAUCCAACAAGCUUUUAUGGACAGAAAUGAAGAAGAAGAGUUAAUUGUACGGAUUCCUCACGUUCUGGUUCAACAUGGUUGCGACGAAGGUCAUAGGAUUCUGGAACGGGAAGUACCCGAACUACUCAAUUUUUUCAAGGACCAUGUCAUCCGGGACGUGCAGGAAUACAUUCACAGUGGAAUCCCUUCAGCAGACGCAGAAAAGAUCAAAGAAGAAAACGCUAGACUCCAAAGAUCUUUCAACGUUGGCAAACUUGACGUCAAAUUCGAGAAACCAUUAAAGAAGAGUAUCUGGAAAGAAGGGCCGCUUCACGUACUUACCGGUCCAGAGCUGGGUCUUCUGGAAAUAAUGGUUCACAACGCUGUGAAAUCUUCGGGCCAGCCAUACUUGUUCUUCGAGACAUCCCAGACGGACUGGACAGAUGUGUUAGUGGUCUACAAAUGUGCAUUUGUGCUCGUGACGGUCCGUCCUAACACAAACUUCGGACGGGGCCUCAGAUUUUUGAGUGAAGUGUCCAGUGUGACUGGAGUGAAAGUCAUCUUGCUUGUGGAAGACAGUGGCAAGGAUGACUUGUUGAAGCAAGUGGAAGAAGCACUUUUUGACAAGAAACCUUUAGUGUCUAACGUCCAUGAAGCGAGUUUGGAGCAUGUCGCGAAUAGCUGCAAAGCAGAAGUCUUCAAAAAAUCUCGCGUAGAACUUCAGGGCAGAUAUGUUUCUGGCUUUCCUGAAGCAAUGAAUAUCGACACCUUCUUACGUUGUGUAGACACUUCGGUUUUCCUAAAGCUGUGUGAAUCACUGUACAUUGAUGUGGGACCUCCCCUUCAUGAACUAGAAGAAAGUGUUAAGAACUGUUAUGUGGAGCGAGUGUUUACAAGGGCUGUGAAAAUUGACCUGAAAAAGUGCAGACUGGACGACAACAAUGAGGCUUUCGCUCUUUUGGGGUGUCCGGAUGAUUGUGCUACAAAACUUGUACCUCAAGGUUAUCAGGCAAAACAUCAGGAUAAUUUAGAGAGUUUUGAAAAAUUUGUGGUCCUUCAGGAGCCACGUGACUAUGAAGCUCUCCUACGAAAUAAUAACUACAGAGGGAAGGUGGUGCAUCUGUUCCGGAUCAGUGAAUCUGGUGAGGGACUGGUGUGGAUUAAAUCAAAUGGCCCUCUCAGUCACCUUCCAAUGACGGGAAGUGACGAUUACACGACAGAGGCGUUGCUGAAAGUGUCUGAGAAGGUCGUCCUCGUCACUGGUGCACCUGGUAUGGGAAAGAGUGUGUUGGCAUCUCAGUUGUGUACAGGAUUAAAAACUCGAAACAAGAAGCGAUGGGUGCUCUACGUUGACCUUCCUCAGAGAAUGGCAUUGGUUAAAACUGCAUCGCCUAGUCUGGAAUAUCUAGCGGAUAUGUGCAAAGUAGGAAAAAAUGGUCUGGAGUUCGCUUUGUUCGAAGGAAGCUUGAUCAAUGGAAGCCCUUUCGAGGUCGUCGUCAUGUUGGAUGGCGUCGAUGAAGUCAAUGAGAAAUGUCGAGAGUGUGUGGUGGAACUUGUACAGUUUCUAGCUAAGAGAAAAGUUUACAAGGUGUACAUUUUUACUCGCACUGUGUUUAAGCACCAUGUACAAGAUGCCUUGCACACAGUGUCAUACGAUCUCGUUCCUUUUUCUGAUGAAAACCAGAAUGAAUUCCUCACAAAAUAUAGGGCCCAAAGAGGAACUCCGGCCACCAGGAAUGACGCAUUUCUACAAAAAUUCCAGCAACUGUACAGAAUGUUGAAGGAGAAAAACAAGACAAUCCUGGAAACCCCUCUCCUACUUCGUAUGAUGGCUCAGAUGGAAAGCGGGGAAAUUACGAAGUCGGACGAUUUCUCUUCACUGCUUAAUAUUGCUGACAUUUCUGCUGGUGGAAGUAUAUACACUGUACACAUCUACAUGAUGUUUGUCGAGUACAAGCACCUUGUGCACCGAAAAGAAAAAGUGAAGGAAAACAUCUCCCUAAGUGCUGUGCGAGGGGACAACCAUGACUUGAAGUCUUCAUUCUACACAAACCAUUGUCUCCUCGCUAUGAAGUGUAUAUUUCAUUCUGAUGACUUGAAAGCCUUAUUGAAUGAAGACGAAUUAGAGCGGUUAGAUCCCGAAGGGAAUUUCAUCACCGGCGUUGAUUCUUUCAAAGAAGGUUUUGUGAAUAGAAUUAACGAUGGAGGAAUUCCCGAGUUCGUUCAUAAGACUUUUGCCGAAUUUUUCGCAGCUCACUACCUGUUGGAAAGGGCAAAAGGAAUAAAAAAAUCCGGGUUUACGGAAAACGUCGUCGGAUUGUAUGGUAAAGAAGACUACGAGGAUGUAAUGCUGUUGUUCGAUGAACUGGCGUCGGCGUCCUAUCCACUUCACUCUGCUGUAAUAAACAACGACGCUUCAUAUUUUGAGCAAUGUGAUAUUCAAACAGAAGACAUGCUCGUUGUCGAUGAGAUCAAAAGGACGCCAUGGCACGUAGCAGCCCUGCAUUCCGAUAAAGCAACAUUGAAGAUGCUUCCAAUGGAUGAUGCACUAAUCCAGAAUGAUUUGCUUAAUAUGUCACCGUUGGGGUACGUGGAACUCUUUUCCCCAUUGAUGAAAGUUUUGUUGAUUGGGACUUCAGCUGUGAGAGACAGACUCGACGUAUUAUGCGCUCGAUGCAGUGAGGAAGCAGUGAGACGUUCUACCCAAAAUCUGCGCAGGUGUAAAACUUUCGAGCAAAAAAGACGUUUUCUAGAGCGAGCAAUACUCACGGCUGUGAUUGACGACCUACCAGGCGUUUUAGAUGUGUAUCUGAGCUAUGCGUCUCCGAGAGAGAGUACACGAGAACUUGACAGAGACACCAUGGACCAAUUAGAAUCACGCAAGAAACGAAGCUCGACAUGUUCUGCAGAGCCUCAGGCAAUUGAAGAUAUCGAUGAUAUCAGAGACGAUGACAAUAGAACUGUUCCUUUUUACGCAGAGUCGGAGGUUGUUUGUAAAAUGCUCCUUCCUUACUGCGAUAUGAGAAUUCUUGAUAAGGAUGGAAACACAAUGUUGCACAUUAGCGCGGAAGAAGGAAAUCUGGAGACAACACAGUUUCACCUCGCACAUUUAUCCGUUAACAAUAGAAAUGGACUCUUUCAAACUCCUUUACACUUGAGUGAAGAUGCAGAGAUUGUGAAGCUACUUCUUCCUCUUUGUCCCUCAGUGAAUGUUCUCGAUUAUGAGCAACAAACUCCGAUGGAUAUAUGUGCAAAGAGAGAUGAUUUGGAGGUCAUGAAGUUGUUACUUCUUCGCACUCGGACAUGUGACGCACAUCACAUGAGACUGAACACAACGCUUCAUGAGGCUUCAGGAUCUCAUUCCCUUAAAGCUGUGACGUUUCUUCUACCUCACACAAAUGUGCACAUGCUUAACUACGUAGGAAAAACGUGCUUAGACGUUGCUUGGACAAGUUGGGUAUAUGAGUCGAGUUCGGAUUUCGACGUUGUGAGGUGUCUCAUCCCGCACUCGCUUGUGAACUCACCUGAAACGUCCGACUCAUCACCGUUGUACGUCUGGGCGAAACGUGGUGGAACGAAAGUGAUGCAAACUCUAUGGCCUUAUUUGCGACACAGUGACCCUAGGCAUGCACAGAGGAUCAGCAGAAGAUAUGUGGAUGUGGACGUGAAUUGGGAUUUCCAAAAAGAAAUUUAUUGUCUGAAACUUCUCUUCCUCCAUUUAGAUGACAUCGCUGAUGAUCGUUAUAGCCGUAAACUGCUACAUUAUAUGGCCAAGGACAAGCUAAGUAGGAUAGAAGAAGUAAAUUACAUUAAGUACGUGAAGAUGUUACUGCCGCAUUUAAAUAUCAGUGAGCAGGAUUAUGUAGAACGUGGAGUAAAAAAUGAGGACAUCGUUACCUUAUAUCGGAGAUGGUCGGACACGAAUAACACCGAUGAUCCCCACAUUGACGAUGUGGACACGGAAAUGGUCGACGACGAUGGCAAUACGAAGUUCCUAAUAGAAGCAGAGGAAGGUAAUGUGGAAGCUGUGGAACUUCACCUCUCACAUUCAUCCGUGUGCUUUACAGAUGAAAAAGAGAACACUGCAUUGCACUUGAGCGCGUUCAACGGACACACAAAUGUGGUGAAGUUUCUCAUUCCUUUCUAUACAUCAGUGGACAUGAUCAAUGUGCUUCGGAAAACGCCCAUGCAUGUGUGCGCCUCAAAUGGACAUCUGGACGUUGUAAAGUUAUUAUUACUCCGCUCUGGAAUGAGUUUCCGUGACAAGAAUGGAAGGACGCCUCUUCACUUGGCCUGUGAAAGUGAUGCCGUUGACAUCGUGAACUUCCUUCUUCCGCACUCAUUCCCUAAUAUGCACGACAUAUACGGUAGCACAUCCUGCGCUCUUUCCGCUAGAAGAAGGAAAAUGAAUGUUCUGAGAUGCCUCAUCCCACACUCUCUUAACUGUCCUGAUUGCACGGGCGAUUCACCAACGCACAUCUGUGCAGGUCAUUAUAUGAGCGAAGAACUGGUGACAUUAUUGCCAUAUUCUAGUGAUCAUGAAACUGCGACUUUAUUGACGCCUCCCAUGUUGUCAUUUUAUGAGGCCGCUAUGAGUACGGGAGCUACGCGUUGUCUGAAACUUAUGUUACUCCACUCAGAUGUCUGGGUAGUAGAUCGGUGUUUCCUUGAAACACUCGACUACGACUCUUACAGUGAUGUAUUCUGGAAUCUAGAAGAUACUUGCAUUGAAGAGUCUGAUACAGAGAGUGAUCUAUUCUCGAGUCUAGAAGAGACUUCCAUUGAAGAGUCUGAUGCAGAGAGUGAUCUAUUCCCGAGUCUAGAAGAGACUUCCAUUGAAGAGUCUGAUGCAGAGAGUGAUCUAUUCUCGAGUCUAGAAGAGACUUCCAUUGAAGAGUCUGAUGCAGAGAGUGAUCUAUUCUCGAGUCUAGAAGAGACUAACAGAAUCCUGAAUUAUAUUUCUCUCUUGCUUCCUCAUACAAAAGUUUUUGCUACGCACCGUAAAGACAGAAAGCUAUUAAAAGAACACAUCCGAAGUAGUCAAGAUCCCAGAUUGGUUAAAUUCCUUCUGAAAUGGCUUGCUUGAGUGACAUUCAUUCAUGAUGCUGACAAUUGUUGGCACUGAGUGGCACCGAGCUCACCAUACUUUCAGUCUCUGCCUCAAAUGUAACCAAUAAACCCCAACAAUAUUGCAUACCUUCCAUUUAUGAUGUGUUAUUCAGGUA